AUGCUUCUUCCCAAAGGAGGCGUCAGCUGGAAAGCUGCUAGGGCGAGUCUGCCUCCGACGAGGGCGCUAUGGGUGCUGUUGACCAGGACGCGAUUCCUUCUCCUCCUUGCCGUCACUGGCACCAUACUUUUACUAUGGCGCGGCCUUAGUUCCACCGCGCCCGAGUUAAAAAGUUUCUAUUGCUGGGGUCCGUCCAAACCUCCCAUGGAUAUGACAAUGGCCGAGCAAGCAAGAUGGCUAGCCCAUCUCGAAACACCGGUAAUCUUCAACAAUCACGCACCGAUAGAAGUGAACUCGACCACCAUCACCCAUGUCGACCUGAACCAAAUUAAAUCCACAACCAAGGCCGUUCAGAACGAAGAAAAGAUUCUUAUCCUCACUCCCCUCAAGGACGCUGCUCCGUACCUCUCGAAAUACUUUGAACUGCUUGCCAAGCUCACAUAUCCCCACAAGCUCAUCGACCUUGCUUUCUUGGUUGGCGAUUCUACCGAUGACACACUUGCCGUUCUCGCUGCCGAACUUAAACGGAUCCAGAACCGCCCAGACGACGUCCCCUUUAGAAGCGCCAUGAUAGUGAAGAAGGAUUUCGGUUUCAAGCUGAGCCAAGACGUGGGCGAGCGGCAUUCCUUCGAGGCCCAAGGCCCACGACGGAAGGCUAUGGGCAGGGCUCGGAACUACCUGCUGGCUACGGCCCUGAAGCCCGAGCACUCAUGGGUGUACUGGAGAGACGUGGAUAUCGUGGACAGCCCCGACAAGAUCAUUGAGGACUUCAUUGCGCAUGAUCGGGAUAUUCUUGUUCCAAAUAUUUGGUUUCAUCGGUACCGGGACGGGCGCGAUAUUGAAGGCAGAUUCGACUACAACUCUUGGGUCGAGUCUGACAAAGGCCGCAAACUUGCUGCGAGCUUGGACAAGGAUGUUGUGCUUGCUGAGGGCUACAAACAAUACGACACCGGACGACAACAUAUGGCCAGAAUGGGUGAUUGGCGCAACAACAAGGACGAAGAGAUAGAGCUGGACGGCAUUGGCGGCGUAAACAUCAUUGUCAAGGCUGACGUUCACAGAUCAGGAAUCAACUUCCCCUGCUACGCCUUCGAGAACCAAGCCGAAACUGAAGGCUUCGCAAAAAUGGCAAAGCGAGCCGGGUAUGGUGUUUAUGGCCUUCCUAACUACGUAGUUUGGCACAUCGACACGGAAGAAAAGCCCGGCAACGCAUAG